UCACCUCCGAGGUGAACCGUGCCGACCGGUUUCGACCGUGCCUCUGCGCCGUAUUCCUGCAGUCUUCGUCAGACAGUGUGCGGAAGAGGUAGUUUUCCACAUCUGUCAAAAUGCCGAAAUAUGUGAUAAGCGACACGCAGGAUGAAACGCAGCAAGCUCUGGAUCCUGACGGAACAAAUGCGAAAGUGAGUUUUAACAACAGUGACGCGUCGCCGGCUCAAGAAAAAUCACGGAUAAGUCGAGUGGUGAUCAUAGUGCUGGGUGUGGUAUGCUGCGUGGCCGUGCUUGUCCUCUGUGCCUGGUUCGUAUACUCCGUCUUCAUCAAAACCACACCUGAAUGGCAGACAGAUGAUUUCAUGAUAGAAACUGUUCCAGGCCACAGAUAUGGUCCCAAGGAGACGGAUGGUUACACAGAAGGCACCUUAAUUGCAUUCAGCCCUUCUAAUGCAAACAGCUACAAAAGGUGGACGAAUGUCAUUGAAGAUAUUAUAGAAGGACACUUGAACACAAGCAAAUAUUCACGGAAUGCAGUCAAUUGUGACUACGACAGCCUGCCGAAACCUGGCAAAGUGUGUAUUCCGGAAUACAGAGCGUGGUUUCCUUGUACCAAAGAAAAUAACUUCGGGUUUCAGGAGGCCUCACCCUGUGUUUUCAUCAGAUUUAAUAAGAUCGCCAAUUGGACUCCAGAGUAUUACAACAGCACAUCAGAAUUGCCUGCUGAAAUGCCUGCCAGUCUGAAGGAAAGAAUAGCUGAGUACUAUGGCAUCUAUCGUGCUUUGAUGAAGACAGUUUGGCUGAGCUGUGAUGGAGAGAGUCCUACGGACGUGGAAAAUUUGGGGCCUAUCCAGUACUUACCCCGGCAAGGCUUCCCUGGCUACUACUUUCCUUACAACAACACUGAAAAUUACGUGAGCCCCAUAGUGCCUGUUCGUUUCGUAAAACCACGAACUGGUGUCCUUAUCAACAUUGAGUGCAGACUUUGGGCUCCCAACAUCGAGUACAACCGGGAGAAAGGCCGGGGCUUUGUGCAUUUUGAGUUGAUGAUUGACUGAGACCAGCAUCUUAGAGAUCUCAUUUGCAGUCAGUGACGGAGUUGCGUCUCUGUUGGAACAAACCUAAGUGGGAAAGCCCGAAACAUUGUUGACCACAUGGAACUAGUGAAGUUUUUCGGGGAUACUUUCCAUAUCUCUUCAAGAUGACAAUCAAUUAUAAAUCUGAAAGUCAGAUUCAUAAUGCCAAAUCUGGUAAAUUUUAAUAAUGGGUUUGGUAAAAGAACAAUAUUACCUCAAUUUGUAGGAAUGUUUAUAAGCAGACUAAUUUAUGUAAGUUAAUGUUCAAGCUAUACUCACAGAUAACAUAAGUUAUCGGAUUUACAUUAAUUUUGUACAAAAGGAUGGAUGUAGGUUUUAAGUCAAACUGUAAAAUGAUCUCUCUUCUUUAUUUUAGCUAAGCCUUUUUUUACAUAAAAAUUUUAUUUUUUUCGCAUGCUAUUGUAAAUGCUAUAUUGAAAAUUUUACAUUCAACUCUGGCUUCCUUUCUGUAACAUCAGGAUGCACUUGGUUAAAAUGUUCUUCAUAUAUUAUAGGUCUAAGCAUGGAAAUUCAUUUACAUAAGCACGAUGUCAUACCUAAAAGUGAAAAGACUUCUAACGAGAUUUUCCAAGUACAAUUAAGAGCUAUUUUUUUAUGAUAUAUUUUUUAUGUACUUCUGCUGCUGCUCCGCGCUUAUAGCCUAAAGUUUUAUGAUUUUGAUGUCACAAUAAUCAAUUAAAUGUGCAUAAUAAUUGUGUAGCACAUUUUAUUAAAAACGUUUGUUAUGUAA